AUGGAGGUUGUUGAAGGUCAAGAACGUACGAAUGUAACGAAUCAAUUGUUGAUGGCAAACCCUACAACUCAUCAUGUAAUCAUCGAUAUAACAACAACGACGACGACAACUCCGAGGACUUCCAUUUCUGAAGCUUCUCCUUCUUCUGUUAAUGGCGGUGGUGGUGUUGAUGAUGUUUCUCGUCAAUCUUCAAAUUCUAGGUUAAGAGGGGAUUCAUUAGAACGUAGUGCUAGGACUCCAUUGAGCUCGGGGUUUUGUGUUUCUUUGGAAUUUGUAUUUACGGUUACUCAAAUUGUUAUUUCUGUUGUUGUUCUUAAUUCGUCGAGAAAUGAACAUCCGCAUGCUCCAUUGUUUACUUGGGUUGUUGGUUAUGCUUCUGGAUGUGCUGCUUCGCUUCCUUUGUUGUUGUGGAGAUAUUUUGCUAGGGAACGGAAUGAGUCUCAAAGCUCCACCACGGGUGAUGAUCCUUCCGGGAUUCUGCUUUCGAAUCAGACUACAAAUCAAGGUGAAGAAGAUGGUGUUCCUGUUUCAUCCAAUCAGGCUUCGUCGGUGUUCACGAAUACCAGACUCAAGAUACUUAUGGAAUACUUCAAAAUCGUCCUAGAUUUAUUUUUUGCAUCAUGGUUUGUUAUUGGAAACAUAUGGAUAUUUGGAGGGCAUUCAUCCGCUAAUGAAGCUCCAAAUUUAUACCGGUUAUGUGUAGUGUUUCUUACUUUUAGCUGCAUCGGUUAUGCAUUGCCCUUCAUUCUAUGCUUAACAAUCUGCUGCUGUCUUCCUUGUAUAAUUUCCACUCUUGGGGUCAAUGAGGAUAUGCCACAAACCAGAGGGGCAACCUCUGAAUGCAUUGAUGCUUUACCAACUCACAAGUUCAAAUUGAAGAAAAGCAAAAGCAUAGAUGAAAGCACUCCGGCCGUUAUUGAAGGUGGAAUUGUUUCCGUAGGAACCGAAAAGGAACGCGUGAUCUCCGGAGAAGAUGCAGUUUGCUGCAUAUGCAUAGCGAACUAUGAAAACGACGAUGAAUUGAGAGAAUUGCCUUGUUUACAUCUUUUCCACAAAGAUUGCGUAGACAAGUGGUUAAAGAUAAAUGCAUUAUGCCCCCUUUGCAAAAGGGAAGUUGGCAGGAAUGAAACAGAACCAGUCAUCGAGGAAAAUGCCGGCCGACAAAGGGGCGAGAGCAGGGUUGAGAAUAGUCCCAAUACCUCAUCGUAA